CGCACGAGCUCCACGUCCUCUUCUCCCUCGCCCACACCCUAAUCCACUCCAUUUCCCUGCUCCGAACACGGCACGGCUCCUCUCCCACUCCCAUCCUCCUCUCCAAUGGCGCUCGCCUCCACCACCGCCUCCCGCCUCAUUAGCCGACGCCUCGUCGCUCCCCUCCCGCCUCCUCCUUCCUCUUCCUGCGCCGCGCCGCGAGGAGGAGCCAGGCCAGGGCCGCGCCGGUUCGCGGUGCGCUGGGAGGGCAGGCCGAGAGCGCUGUUGGGAGGAUUCUCGGACGCCGACGAAGAUGUCAGCGACGACGAGGACGAGGAGGACGGCCCCGGCGCGCUCAGCGGUGGGCCGCCGCGGCAGCAGCAGGGGUGCGAGGACGUCAUCGAGCUCGCCGCCGCUGCCUUCUCCGGGCCCGAGCGCUGGGACGUGCUCGGACUCGGCCAGGCCAUGGUUGACUUCUCAGGCAUGGUGGAUGAUAAAUUCCUCGAGCGACUGGGCAUAGAGAAGGGUACUAGAAAGGUCGUUAACCAUGAGGAGAGGGGACGGGUCUUGCGUGCCAUGGAUGGCUGCACCUACAAGGCCGCUGCUGGAGGCUCACUGUCCAACUCGCUCGUGGCUCUAGCAAGGCUUGGUAGUAGUCGGGCCAGCAGCUACCCUGAGCUUAGAAUAGCAAUGGCUGGCAGUGUGGGCAGUGACCCACUUGGUAGUUUCUAUAGGCAAAAGUUGCAUCGUGCGAAUGUGCAAUUCUUGUCCAAGCCGGUCAAAGAUGGGACUACUGGGACUGUGAUUGUUCUAACAACUCCAGAUGCACAGCGAACUAUGCUUGCAUACCAGGGUACAUCUUCAACUUUGGCUUAUGAUUCAGACUUGGCAGAGAUAGUAUCCAAGUCAAAUCUACUGAUAGUGGAAGGGUACCUAUUCGAAUUUAGUCAUACAAUUGAAGCCAUCAAGCAGGCAUGUGAAGAUGCUAAGAAGAAUGGUGCACUUAUUGCUGUUUCGGCAUCAGAUGUGUCAUGCAUCAAGCGUUGCCACAGUGAUUUUUGGGAUAUUGUAGGAAACUAUGCGGACAUAUUGUUCGCCAAUGCCAACGAAGCAAGGGCGUUCUGCGAGCUAACUUCAGAAGAGAGCACGGUGUCAGCUGCGAGAUACUUGAGCCAUUCUAUUCCUCUAGUAUCCGUUACCGAUGGUAUGCACGGUUCCUACAUCGGUGUGAAAGGUGAAGCAAUAUACAUCCCUCCACCGGCAUGUAUACCUGUGGACACCUGCGGAGCUGGUGAUGCAUACGCAUCAGGAAUCCUGUACGGUAUCCUCCGGGGUGCGUCAGACUUGAAGGGCAUCGGCCUGCUGGCUGCCCAGGUAGCUGCUGUUGUCGUCGGGCAGCAAGGCACACGCCUGAGGGUUAAGGAUGCUGACAGAUUGGCUGAAUCGUUCGAGUUCCACCUUGACAACUUGGAGUUCUGUUCAGAUGCUGGAACGGACCAGGUUCCCAACUUAUGAUAUUUCCUCCCCCUCAAGUCCCAAGUCCUCGACAGGCGGCGGCGAUGGGAACUACCGAGGGCCGAAAAGGGCCGUGCCCCCUUCUCUAGAAGAUCUCUUAAGCGAUUGCUUAGUUUUACCACUCAGACUCAGGUUCUAUAUAAAUGCUAAACCAGCACCUCCUUCGAACAGCAAAAUGCUAGAAGGGUUCAUCAGAUUGAUGCCCCUUCAACUUCAAGCCCGGCGCGACAGGUCCUAGGCACAUUCACUUGUAUAUAGCAUCUCAUUCCUUUAGUCCUAGCUCUUUGUCAGGCCUCUCGGCCUCUGUCACCAUCCCAUUACUUACAUUUUUGCACUGCAAGGAUGCUACAUACUCCGACUUUUGGCCGAGCACAUGGGGUAUUUUUAUGUCGAAGGAGCAUGAUAUCAUACGUUUGGCUGUAAUGUAUAAUGCACAGCCGAAAGACAAUUGCCGUCUUGGUCUAGAAUGUGAAUAAACUUCUUUCGGCAGCUCCUGUUGUCCACUGCCCAGAGGGGAUAUGCUUAUCACCAAAACUGUAAUGCGGUCGUCCGACUUUGUUGGAUGGGGA